AGAGGAGCGAGCGCUGUUUGCGAAUGACGUCAAUGCCGGAGCGCAAGAUGGCCGCGUUCGGUCGGUAAAGCGCUCGAGCGACACCGGAACCGGAGAAACGGCGGAUGCUGUGAGACAUUUACCGCGACAGAGAGAAUGGACGCCGCAGAGUUCAUGGACACUAUGGACCCGAGCCUGUCCGAGCUGGGCGACGAGUUCACGCUGGGAGACAUCGACGAGAUGCUGCAGUUCGUCAGUAAUCAGGUGGAUUUCCCGGAUCUCUUUGAGGAUCAGAUGGGGGGCGGAGCCGUGGCUCCAGUGAAGCCCCUCCCACAGACGGCCCCCAGCGCCAUACUGACGCCCCCACACACGCCCGUACAGACCAGCAGUCACACGCAGAUGCAGACGCAGACACAGAUGCAGACACAGACACGCACACCGCCGCUGCUGCAGCCGCGACCCCAGCCAAUCACACAGUCACUCCUGACGCAGACGCAGACGUUCCCCAUGCAGACGCUGGCGGUGCAGACUCCAGCGCAGCCGCAGACGGUGAUGAUGACCACCACGCCGUCACACCGAUUCAUCCAGAACCAGGUGAUCUGUCAACAGAACCCCGGCGCCGGCUUCCAGGGCCUAUUUCUGCUGAAGGACACAGUCCUCCAGCCGCAGGUGCAGAGCAUCAUGGCGUCUCCGCAGGUGCAGCAGAUGACCAUCCAGCACCAGCGUCUGCUGACUCCGUCCGGUCAGACCAUCCAGACACUGUCCACCGCGCCGGUCCACACCGUAUCACAGCAGGUGCCUGUGCUGGUGCACCAGCCACAGAUCCUGAAGACGGACUCUCUGGUUCUGACCACGCUCAAACCGGACGGGACACAGGUGCUGUCCACUGUCCAGAACCCGCCGGGCAUCACCACACUCACGACACCCAUCCAGACCACUGCGCUGCAGGUCCCUACGCUAAUGAGCAGCAACAUUCUGACCACCGUUCCCAUGGUGAUGGGGGGCGGAGACAAGCUGCCAAUCAAACAGCUCUCCUCAGGCACCGCCCACACGGGGGGCGGGGCCAGGGUGAGCAUGGAGCAGAGCUUGGCCAUUACCACGGGAACGGGAGGAGUCGUGAAGGAGGGCGAGAGACGAACAACACACAACAUCAUCGAGAAGCGCUACCGAUCGUCGAUCAACGACAAGAUCCUGGAGCUGCGCGACCUGGUGAUGGGCAGCGACGCCAAGAUGCACAAGUCUGGCGUUCUGCGCAAAGCCAUCGACUACAUCAAAUACCUGCAGCAGGUGAACCACAAACUCCGGCAGGAGAACCUAACGCUCAAGAUGGCCAAUCACAAGAACAAGUCGGUGUGCCUCUCUGAUGAUGUGGAUCUGAAGCCGGAGAUGGCCUUUAUUUCUCCUCCUCCGUCAGAUUCUGGCUCCAGCUCUCCUCCUCAGCUCUCGCCCUUCUGCAUCGACUCGGAGCCGGGCAGCCCGCUGCUGGAGCACGAGACGGUGAAGAGCGAGCCGGACUCUCCGGCGUCGGUGGGAGUGAUGGACCGCUCUCGUCUGCUGCUCUGCACACUCACCUUCCUCUGUCUGUCGCUCAACCCUCUUCCGUCUCUGCUGGGGUCCGAGGAGAGCGUCGGGCUGGCGGCUGCGCACGGUUCCUCGCGCUCGCUCUUCUCUCUGCCUGCGCAGACGCAGAGCUUCGGGGCGUGGCUGUGGUGCGUGUUGCCAUGGUUCCUGGUGUGGGUCCUGAGCGGAGUGGGUGUGGUCUGGGGGUGUGUCCGAGUGCUGUACCUGUGGGAGCCGGUCACGCCCCUUCACUCGCCAACAUCGGUCAGAUUCUGGAGACACCGGAAACAAGCAGAGCUGCAGCUCUACCGGGGUGAUUACGCGGCGGCCACGGUCAGUCUGCACACCUGUCUGUCCGUCUUGUCCAGAGUGCUGCCCUCCUCCACCCUCGACAUCAUCUGCUCGCUCUCCUGGAACCUGAUUCGCUACUGUCUGCGGAAACCCGCCCCCCUGGGCUGGCUGGUGCGUCUGGUUGGAGGAAGACACGAGGGGGAGGAGUCACAGACCAGCUCACGUGACGCAGCACUGGUGUACCACCAGCUCAACCAGCUGCAGCUCACAGGUAAGCUGGAGCAGCGUCCGCUCUGGGGUGUGUGUGUGUCUCUGAGCGCUGUGAAUCUGAGCGAGAGCGCGGAGGGGAAGAUGCCGGUCGCUCAGCGGAUCCAGAUCUUUGUGACAGCAGCCAUCAGUCUGAGAUUUGCGCUGGGGAAACACCUCACCUGUCUGCCUGGUUACCUGCUGAGCUGUGCUGAGGCUCUGACCUGUCAAUCAGACUCUAAGCUCCUCCCAGAUUGCCUGCGCUGGAUCUUCACGCCGCUGGGCCGCCAGUUCUUCCUGAGCUGUGAUUGGUCAGUGAGGCCAGAGAGCAGCGAGCAGAUCUUCACGUCUCAGAGAGAUGAAGCGGAUCCCAUCGCGCAGCUGCACCGCUGCUUCUGUGAGAAGCUCCUGGAGAGAGCCGUGCACACACUGAUUGAGCCGCAGAGCAGCAAACAUGCUGAGGAUGCUGGGGAGUUCACGGGUGUUUUGGAGUUCCUGCAGUUGUUGAACAGCUGUACUGAAGACUCCGCCCCCUGCACCGCCCCCUUCCCCGCGCUGGCCAAUCAGAGCUCAGCACCAGUGAGGGACCCCGUGUGCCGCUGGUGGGCGUCAGUGCUGAAGGCUGCGGUUCAUUGGCUGCAGGGUGAUGAUGCGUCGGUGAGGUCACUGCUGGCGGAGGCGGAGCGGAUGCCCAGAGCGCUGCACACACUGGAUCACCCGCUGCCGAAGGCCGUUCUGGCGCUGUGUAAGGCUGUACAGAUGAGUGUGAGUCCGCAGAAGGGCGAGGGAGUGGUCAGCUGCCUCAGUCACUGCCAGCGCUCCAGCGCUCACCUGCACUACAGUGUGUGUCAGUCACACAACAACACCUGGCUGCACAAGGGGGUGGAGCUUCUGGUGUGUGACCUCCUGCUGACUCUGAGGACCAGCCUAUGGCAGCGUGGAGGCGGGUCUAAUGGGGAGCCAGGCCCCGCCCCCGGAUCUCAGCUGGCUGGAUUCCAGAGGGACCUGAGCUCUCUGCGGAAGCUGGGACAGGCCCACAGGCAGGCCCAGCACAAGCUGUUCCUGCACGAGACGACGGUCCGACUGAUGGCAGGAGCCAGCCCAACACGCACACACCAGCUGCUGCGACACCGAACACACAACUACAGCACAGACGGUGACUGUGCUCCAGGCGAGCGCGAGAGGGCUCAUGCUAUUCUGCUAGCGUGUCGUCACCUGCCUCUGCCACUGCUAACGCCACCGGGUCACAGAGCUCGCCUUCUGGCUGAAGCCAAACGCACGCUGGAGCGAGUCGGAGACCGCAGAUCCCUGCAGGAUUGCCAGCAGAUACUGCUGCGGCUCGGAGGAGGAACCACCAUCGCUGCCACAUAACACACACACACACACACACACACACAGAGAUACUGCUGCAGCUCGGUGGAGGAACUACCAUCGCGGCCACAUAACACACACACAGAUACUGCUGCAGCUCGGAGGAGGAACUACCAUCGCGGCCACAUAACACACACACAGAUACUGCUGCAGCUCGGAGGAGGAACUACCAUCGCGGCCACAUAACACACACACAGAUACUGCUGCAGCUCGGAGGAGGAACUACCAUCGCGGCCACAUAACACACACACACACACUUACUGAAUCUUCUUCAGCUGUAUGUUAGUCAUGAUCAUGUUAAUAUUAGGUGUAUAUUAGUUCAUCCUGAAUACUCGCACACGCACACGCACACACACACACACGGUUCAUUUAGAUCUACUGCAACAGCUAGUAAAUAAACUGCUCAUGUGUCUGCAGCUACCUCACAAACACACACACACAAACACACACACGCAUGUUGUACAGAACUGUGUCUUAAAGACCAAAGUCUUCUAGCGCUAGUGAGACACACGAGGGUAUUAUAUAAUUAUUAUUUCACAUGACGACCUUAACGCUUCAUCAUGUGCAAUUACUUCAGAUUUAGUUUCUGAUGUUUGUUUUAUUUUGCUUUGGUAGUUUGUCUUUAUUCUUUAUUUUUGAAUAUAUGACAGCGUGACUUUUAUUAUGAGAGCACAUGAUCAGCAAUGAGCUGUUAAUGCAGAAAAAGCAUUGAAAAUGAGCGUGUAUUAUUUGCUGUUUUUAAUAAUUUAAUCUAAAGUUUCUGGUUGUGUUUUAAUAUCUAAUUGUAAUAACUCUCUCUGCAGCUCCGUCACAUGCACUCUUUCUGCUCUCACUCUUGCGUUCACGUGUUUGUCUGAAUUUCUACAUUUUCUGAAUUUUUUUUUGUAAUAAAACUGCAGAUGCCGUUGAAGAAC